CAUAAAACGUGCCACAUGUUGCUCGUCAGGCAGUGCAUUAACGCCUUCCUUCAUCUCCCUCAGGCCUGCGCCCCUCGCUACGUGUGGUUCACUGAGACCCUGAAGAAGAGGGAACCCGUCGGGACCUGCUACGUGGCUCGCCAAGGACUCACCGACUUCCAGGAGUUCUCGCCGUGUCGGACCCGUUACUGGGGCUACCAUCGUCAAGGGUCAUGUCAGGCUGGAUUCGACGCGGUCAUUACCCAGGAUGGAGAACGCAUGUUCAUCGGCGCUCCCGGGGCGUUCUACUGGCAGGGUCAGAUCCACUCUCAGAGCGUCAGUACCAGGAACGACUACCAGAUGACCUGGGAGGGACCUGCGAGCGACGACGACCAGUAUCUGGGAUACUCGGUGGCUGUCGGGGAUUUCACGGGAGACGGACAGGAGGACGUGGCUCUCGGAGUGCCUAAGGGCCUCAACUACACAGGAAAGGAACAGGAGCCAAAGAAGGCGCAGCAGGGCCAGCAGAGAGCUCGCCUCUGGAAGUACCUUGGGCAGCGUCCGCCCAUGACGGCCGAAGGGCCUCAGACGUGGCAGGAGUGGUUCGAACAGACGGGCUUCCUGUUCCGGCCCAGCGGGCAGGAGGGCUACUCCCGAGCCUACGUGUGGAACAUGACCAGGGCGUCCCUCAAGCGCCCCUCGUACGGCUCCUACAGCAUUGGCCUGGGCGAGUUUGACGGUUUCCCUGGGCAGGACGUGGUAGUAGGCGUGCCCCGCGGGCCCGAUGCGGCGGGCGUCCUCACGGGCCAGAUCGCGCUCUACACCCACAACCUGGUCCCGCUGCACAACAUCAGCGGCUACCAGCUGGGGGCGUACUUCGGGUACUGUCUGGGCGUCGUGGACUUCAACAACGACGGGCUGGAUGACAUCAUCGUGGGCUCGCCGAUGUACACGAACUACAACGACCGGGAGAUGAAGUAUGAGGUCGUUUGUAAAAGCUUUCCACAGGAUCUCACACGAGGCCGUCCACGAAAACAGAUGAAGAAAGCGGGCAGUAGUGUUAGGCAACAUCGGUUCCGUCGUAUUGUGACCUACACGGGCGAGGUCAGCAAAGGGAGGUUUGGCCUCUCCCUCACCGCCCUCGGGGACAUCAACAAAGAUGGUUUUCAAGACAUCGCCGUGGGAGCUCCUUACGGUGGCAGCGACGGCAAUGGGGCUGUUUUUAUUUACCAUGGAUUUAAGAUCAGGAGCGGCGAACUCAUAGCUGAAGAGCUCAUGAAACCAUCACAGGUUAUCUACGCCCGUGACGUGACCCCAGGGCCAGGUCCGCCCAUCACCACCUUCGGCUGGUCGCUCUCUGGAGGCCAGGACAUGGAUAACAACCUGUACCCGGACCUGCUGGUGGGGGCUUACCUGUCCAGCUCCGCCGUCCUACUCAGGACCCGCCCCAUCGUGUCCCUGUUCAACCACAGCCUCAACUUCCUGUCGGAGGGCAAGACCAUCGACAUCGAGUCGGCGAGCCUCGAGACGGGCGGGUGCCGUGUGUCGAGCCAGAUCGUUCCGUGCGUCACGCUGCAGUUCUGCAUCGGGUACGCCGGCCUUGGCGUGCCCACCGACCUAGAAAUGGACGUGGAGUAUCUGCUGGAUAACAAAGUGAGCGAGUCGCGACUCUUCUUCCUGGACUCCAGUCGGCGAGGCCUCAAGGAGCGCGUCCGCCUCGAGAAGGAGAUCGACGACUGCAGGACCCACCGCGUCUACGUCACGCCCUCUCUGACGGACAAGCUGACCCCGAUGUCAGCCGAGGUCAGCUUCACCCUGGUGGAGGAGGCGAGCCGAAGGAGGCGCAACCGCCGCUCCCUCGCGCCCAUCCUGAACCAGCGCCAGAAGCUCACGCUCUCAGACUCGCUCACCAUCCAGAAGAACUGCGGCCGCGACAACGUGUGCUACCCUGACCUCAUCCUCAGCGUCGAGGCGCCCGACACCUUCGUGUUCGGCAAGAAGGAGCAGCUGGAGGUGGACGUGCGCGUGGUGAACGACGGCGAGGACGCGUUCGAGGCGCUAGUGUUCGUGCCCAUCCCCCGCGGGCUGCUCUACAACAAGUUCGUGGCCAAGGACAACACCACCGUCGUCUGCUCCCCCAGGACCAUGGAUUCCGGCAUGAUCCUCGUGUGCGACAUCGGCAACCCUCUGCCUAUGCACAAGGGCGUCCACUUCGUCGUGCUGUUCCAGCAGUCCGGGCAGAUGGAGGAGCCGCGCUUCGAGUUCCUGGUGACCACGAACAGCACCAACAUCGAGAAUUCUCACACGAAGGACGACAACGUGGUCCUCAAGACGAUCCAGGUGGAGGUCGACACGAACCUCAUCCUUUACGGGACGUCCGACCCCGAGAGGAUCGACUACAACCGAAGCCUCUACCUGUACAAGUCCAAGCUGCACGAGGAUCACCUGGGGCCUCAGAUCACUCACAAGUACGGCAUCUCCAACACGGGCCCCUCCGACAUCUCAGAGACCGAGCUCGUUAUCCUUUGGCCCACCAGGACUCUCGGCGGGAACUACCUCUUGUACCUGCUCGAACAGCCCUACGUCACAGGACCCGUUCAGUGCUCGCAUGUGCCCGACGUCAACCCUCUCGGUCUCACGCUGAUCGACAGGGAAGUGAAUUUAGAGUUGCUCAAGUUGCAAAGCCAGGAGGAGAGCGAGGCGGAGGAACAGAGCUACUCGGAGUCCUCGGCGUCCGGUGAGGCUUCGGCAGGAGGCGCGUCGGCAAGUGGCGGGUCGUCCUACUCCACCUCGCAGACGACUGACGACGAACACACCCGACACACCCGCCAGGCCGAGCCCGCCCUCGACUGGGACAAAGAGAUCAAUACGUGCGGCCCCACCGAAUGCACCAAGAUCCACUGCACCGUCGGGCCGUUGGUGGAUGGCGAUAUCCACUACAUCUACGUGCGAUCCAGGCUUGUGCUGGAUACCCUCAUCGAGGACUCCUCGUACCCGUAUGACGACGUGAGCAUCACCAGUCGCAUGUUGGCCAGAGUGAAGGCCCUGCCGCAUGGCGUCAUUCCAGAGUACCUCCCGAUACGCGACCUGGACGUCACGACGCACGUGUCGCCUGCGAAGUCCCUGGACGAAGCCCCACCCAUCCCUUGGUGGGUUAUCGUCCUGGCCACGAUGGCGGGCGUCCUCAUCCUCCUUAUCAUUAUCCUCAUCCUGUGGAAGUGCGGCUACUUCAAGCGCCACCGGCCGGAGCAUCGAGCCCAUAUCGCCGACGACGCCCAGCCGUUAAACCCUCCCAACGGUCAUAACGGUCAUCCGUACAACCCCUACAGCCGUCCAUUUUACCCUGGAGACGAAGCGUUAUGAUUGGGCUCGUGUGGUGUCCUAGACAAGUGAAGAAAUCUAUUCAUGGAGAGCAAGAAAGAAUGCGAGAAUGAGGAU